GUGAUGUAUAAUACCGUGAAUCGUCGUACUUUCACGAAGUUCAUGUGAAUUUGUUAUCAAUUUGUUAUUUAUGGAUAUUGUACGUAAUCUAUUAAUUUGACUAGCUCUUAACAUUUUUGAUUGACCCCCUAAUCAAUACUUGAUCUUUUAGAACGGAAACCAUUUCGUGUCGUUAUUUUAACCGUAUGUGUCGCGGAGAGGUUCCGUCUCAAUAUUGAUGAUAAAAUCAGUUGUAAACAAUCGAAAUGUUUACCAUCGCCAAGCGGGGAGUGGGAACAAAAGAGCAACGGGGUACAGAAGCGAUACACUCCGGACAUUUUAUGAUAUCACAUUUUGAGGCCGAGGAGCAGGACGACGAUGACGAACUUGCGGUUCCAAUUCCGGAACCUGAGGUUAACGAGUUGCGAGACAUGUAUAGGCAAGAUCAUUCUGGCUUCGAAAUCCCAGAUGUCGCUUCGAAGAAAACGUUUUCUCAGCAACCUUUGACAAUUGAUACAAGCUUAGCGAAGCUAUUUCAAUGCAUGUCCAUUGCUUACAGACAAAAACUUACGUCGCCCAAGUGGAAUCGGUUUAGAGGGAUUCGUUUACGUUGGAAAGACAAAAUACGAUUAAAUAAUGUUAUAUGGCGUUGUUGGCACAUGCAAUUUAUCAAAAGAGUCAAUACCUACAUCUGUCAAUUUGCCUCCCCUCUGGACGUCGACACACAUAACAAACCGGAGGCAAUUGUCUUGGAGGGGAAAUAUUGGAAAAGAAAACUAGCGGCGGUAACUGCUGAGUAUAAGAAAUGGCGCAUGUUCCAUCGCACUCACGUCUUAGGGCAUGCCCUAAAAGAAUCCAUGGACACAUUAAGCGAGCUAGAUGCUCUAGUUUGGCAUUCUCAAAGCUCGGACAGCAUGCAUAUGAUGGUGGAUGAAGAUUACCUAGGACUUAUGAGUGAUACACUAUUUUCUACGAUAACCAGUCAACCAUUUGUUUUUCCUGAUAGUAGGGAGAUCGCCAAAGCAGGUCUGGCGGACUUCAUUCAACCCAGUUUGGGUCCGCUGCAGCCGAGUUUGGAGGAUUACAUGGAUACCUUUGAACCACUGCAAGAUCUCAUUACCUCAAAACUUCCCACCGUGCCCGAAGAAAAUGGAAGUGAUCCGUUAUAUAGGCAUACGAGUAGUAGUUGGUGCUAUACAGAUCUAGAUCUUAUGUCGACUAAUAGUAUGCAGAUAAACACAUUAACAAACACAUCACCAGCUUUGGAACAAUACAACUCGGUCCCUCCUGUUACUUUGGAAAAGCAAGAGACUCAUACUCAACAACUGCAAAGUUAUCCAAACGAUGUCAUGAUUCAUCCCGUGGAAGUGUAUGCAGCUCAACAGCAACAGUCUUCAUAUCCAAUCGAAGUAAAAACGGAAAAAUCUAUCAAAAAACUUAAUCAGAUGCCGAUAACAUCUGUGUAUAAUCGAUCCAGCGAUAAUACGAUGUAUCAGAAUUAUGGUGUUCCAGAUGUGUGCGCGAUAGACAAUAGAAUGCAAUUAUCACCGCAGCAAACGUUCAAACUCCCACAAUCAUCCAGUGCAUCUCAAAGCACUUCCAGGGGUUACAAGUUCUCUUCACCUGCGUCUACAACACCAAACCUGAAAUUUUCAUCGCAAAAUUCGUCUAAUUUUAAAGCUACAUCACGACCUCAUCAAAACACAGCAUCUUCGUUAAUUGCAAGCGGUUCAACGAUCGAUAGUGCAUUAUUGCCAGAAAUAAAAACAGAAAAUCGUAUUAGGUCGACGCAUAAAAGUGACAGAAGACGGUCAUCGUCCGUAUCACGUGAAACUGUUAAACGACCCCCCCUUCUAAGUGCCAUGAGUGAUCCCCAGUUAGUUACGCCAGCUAAUAGUAUGCUACUUACACAGUUAUUAACCAAUAGCGCGCCAAAUAAUUUAUUCGCUCCAAGUCAUAAUCUAUCCGACCCGUUGUCGCUACAAGGUACAAGUAUACAUAUAAAGGAGGAAAAUGCAUCAAUGUCAAUUGUGUCACAAGCACAAACAGCUACAUUACUCAUAACUCCUUUAUCAAUGAAUUCAUCUCAGUCUUCCAUUAGUGAUUCGAUUAUAUUAACCUCGUUAACUCCGUCAAACUCACCAAGUCCCGGCAGUUCGCAGGGAAUAGGAUCCUGUCCGACAUCACCACAAGGUGCCUUACGUUCAUCCACACCAGACUCGGUUCACAAAGAUCAGCGUCGAGUGGGACAUAUCCAUGCGGAACAAAAACGAAGAUAUAAUAUUAAAAACGGUUUUGAUGUGAUACAUUCGCUUAUUCCUCAUCUAAAUCAAAAUCCUAAUGCCAAGUUAAGCAAAGCUGCGAUGUUGCAAAAGGGAGCGGAGUAUAUUCGGCAAUUGCAGCAGGAACGUAGCCAAUUAAAGGACGAAAUGGAUAGUUUACGACAACAAAUAGAAUCGCUCAACACCUCAAUCAGUAAUUGUCAGUCAUUGUUACCAGCAACCGGCGCUCCAGUUUCUAGGAGAAGAGACAGUAAAAUGCAAGAAAUGUUUGAUGACUAUGUCCAAAAACGCACAAUGGAAGAUUGGAAGUUUUGGAUUUUUAGCUUAUUAUUUCGGCCUCUGCUCAGCUCCUUUAAUAAUUUCGUAUCAACGUCCAGCUUAGAAGAAUUAUAUCGUUCGACAUUACAUUGGGUGGAGCAGCAUUGUACCUUAGUCGACCUUAGACCAGUGGUUUUGAAUUCGUUGCGAUAUUUAAGUACAAAAACCGAUAUCCUAUCAGAACCGGAAAAUUUGCCGGAAGAGGCGAGGCGGGCAGCUAUGUCAGCAUUGAAUAAGACUCAACUCUAAUAUUAUUAUGCUCAAUAUUUUGUUCGUGAUAUGAAAGUGCAAAGCUAAUAUAUUU